UUUAAUACAGUGUUGCAAAGUAAUUAAAUAACUCAUCGUAUCAUUAAAAUUAUCUUUGAAUAUAAGAAAUACAUAAGAGACGUAUCCGGAAAGUUUGAAAGUCAAGCAUGUGUGUGUAAACUGUCACACGUGCAGAUAUCAACUGUUGUAUCACGUGCGUCAGUUUUUAUCUCAAUCUGUUUUUUUUUUUUAACAUAUAUUCACAAUGAAGACGUAAACGUGGCGAAAAAAUCUAUGAAUCCAAAUAAAAAUAUCUGUUUCUAAGAAAUAUAACCUUAAAGAUAUUUACAACUUAAAGAUAUUUUACCUUCUAUAGGCGGGGCAGAUAAUUACUAUAUAUACUGUCAUGGCUUUAAAAUUUGCUAGUAAUCUGUCUUUCAUGUUUACCGAGGUUCCCAGUAUUAUUGACAGAUAUCAACUGGCCAAGCAAGCUGGAUUUAAAGCGGUUGAAAGUGGAUUUCCAUUUGGCUUCUCAGUUCAGCAAGUUGCCACAGCCAAAAAGAAGGCUAACGUUGACCAAGUACUUUUGAAUGUGUUCACAGGUGAUGUUACAAAAGGAGAAUUGGGCUUUGCUGCAAUUCCAGGCGAAGAAGAAAAUUUCAAGAAGAGCAUCGAGAAAACAAUAGAAUAUGCAAAAGCUUUAGAUUGUAAAAUGAUUCAUGUGAUGUCGGGAAAGGUGGAAGCUCCUAUUGCUGCUAACGAUAUAGUUUAUGAACAAAAUCUAUUGUAUGCUAUCGAAAAGUGCCAAAAAGAAGACAUUGUUGUUGUCAUUGAACCAAUUAAUAAGUAUAGUGUACCAAAUUAUUACAUGAAUAAUUUUCAAAAAGGUUUAGAUUUGGUGAAAAAGAUAAACAAUGCACACUUUAAACUAUUAAUGGAUAUCUUUCAUUUGCAACAUUGUUGUGGUAAUAUAACAAAAAGCAUUCAAGAAUUUUUAUCUUAUGUAGGUCACAUUCAAAUAGCUCAAGUUCCUGAUAGACAUGAACCAGAUACUCCAGGAGAGAUUAAUUAUAAAUAUGUCCUAUCUUUAUUGGAAACAAAUGGCUAUACUGGCUAUGUUGGUUUGGAAUAUCGGCCGAAAUCAUUAACAGUGGAAGGAUUAAAUUGGAUUAAAAAGUAUGGUUACACUUUGUAAAUGGAUUCAUAUUAGGUUCUCAAUUAACAAGUAAUUUAGAAUAAGUAAAUCUGUUAUUAAUAUAAAUUUUUGCACAUUAAUGGAAAUAUGUAGGAAAUACAUAAUUAACAUACCUAAGUGAAUAUUAUUGUUUCACAAUUUGCAUGUAACUUAGCUUUCAAUUAAUUAACUUACGCAUAAUAUUGAUUACGCAUAUACAUAUAUCGCUCAUAUAUUUCGCACAAGUUAUAAACAUAAAUAAUUUCUUAAGAAACGUAUACGUAAGAAAAUAUGGCAGUUCAAUAUAAGUAUAUACACAAGCUCUUGUGCCUGAAAUUUAUAAUAAACUAUACAACCAAGUGCAUAAUUUAUAUUUUCUAAAUUUGUCAAAAUAUCGAUGUCCUUUAAAAUUAACAUAAAUCAUAAAUAACAAAAAUAUUCAUAAGUACAAGCAUUGUCAUUAUUCUGCAUAAUGUUAUAUUCAACUGAUAUUUCAGUAUAAAUUUGAAAAAUCGACAGCACUUAAUCAUAGAUUCCGUACAAUGUAGAAUAAAAUGAUAUUAAGUAUCUGUCAAAGUAUGUUUCAAAAAAUAAUAGGAUGAUUCUUAUUACAUACAAUAAAAAGUUAAAAUAGAAAUUUUCAUAUAUGUUUGUAUCAUCUUUUAUGUCAUAAAAUCCUACAUUAUACAAAUGAUACCGA